GAUGUGAGGAUAUUCAACUGCGCAAGUGUCUUAUUAAAUUGCUAGUUCUCGAUAACAUAGGGGCCAAUUACCCAUUAUGGUCUCGCAUCAAUCUAGAAGUUUCGCCCACGAACUCUUUGCCGCCGACACAUUGUAAUAGCAUAGGCCAG